CGAUUGACUCCAGCCAACGAAAUACCACUGAAGAGCGUGUCCCACCACGGCUCGUUACACAUACACGGUGUUUUCGACUAAGAACAGCCAUAAUCCCGUUCCCUUGAUUGGAAACCGGGCCCAACGGAUCUCAUGGCGAUCUCUCCUCAAACAUCGCCACAAGGGGAUGUAGUGCAUGCACUCUCGGUACUACAUGGUAUACACCAAGCAGACGUUGAAGCCGCAAUGGGACCCAUGUGUCCCUUGCCCCUCCUUCUCCGCGCCUGCCUAGAAACUGGGAAAAUAGAGUCCGGCUAUUUAACAAAUGCCGCCAGCGGCUCCAAGGCGGACGUCGGGAGAAGAAGACCGGUGUCUCGUGGCGCCAAAAUGCCAUAACACGUCGAGUAUCCCCCGCCAACUGCCAAUUCACACCCUCCUCUCUCUCCGUGUUGUGAGGUUGAUCGGAACGAAUCGCAAACAAAUCGCGAGCGGAUCACGAAACCUCGAGCUCAGCCAAGAUGCAGCCCCAGUUCUUCAACGUUGUCAACGACGAGCUGCGCAGCAGCAGCAACAUUCACCGGGUGACGGACCCGCGGACCGAGGAGGAGCUCUGGCCGUGCCCGAUCGCAACCACGCAGGACUUUGAAGAUGCCGUCGCCGCCGCACAGGAGGCCUUCAAGACCUGGUCCCUGACUACCGUUGAGGAGCGCCAAGCGCUGCUGGUGAAGCUCGCCGACGUCAUCCGGGACAAUGCCGAGGAGCUCGCCAGCAUCCUCAUGCGGGAGACGGGCAAGUCAAAGAUCCUGGCCGACAUUGACGUCCAGGCGGGUAUCGCGCAGGCCCUCUACUACUCCCAAAACGCCCUCACCGACGAAGUGCAGCACGAGGACGAGCACCAAAAGGUGGUGGCGACCCACAUCCCGUUGGGCACGGUGGCGGCCAUCUGCCCGUGGAACUUCCCCCUGAUCCUGUCCAACAUCAAGGUGGUGUCGGCGCUGGUGACGGGCAACUGCGUCAUCGUCAAGCCGUCGCCCUUCACGCCGUACGCCGUCAUGAAGUGGGCCGAGCUCAGCCGGGGCGUGCUCCCGCCGGGGGUGUUCCAGGUGCUCAACGCGGGCGCCGACCUGGGGGCGGCCAUGACGGCGCACCCGGGCAUCGCCAAGAUCAGCUUCACGGGCACCAUCGCGGUCGGCAAGAAGGUGCUGGCCGCCUGCGCGCCGACGCUCAAGAAGGUGACGCUCGAGCUCGCGGGCAACAACGCGUGCGUCGUCUGCCCGGACGCCGACCUCGACCGCGCCGUCCCCGCCGUCGCCAGCGGCGGCUUCUUCAACGCCGGCCAGGUCUGCGUCGCGAGCAAGCGCAUCUACGUGCACGAGAGCAUCUACGACGAGUUCCUGGAGCGCCUCGUCCGCGAGGUCGAGACGAACUUUGCCAUCCAGGAGGACGGCCAGGCGCCGAGCGUGUUCGGUCCCUUGGACAACAAGGCCCAGUACGAGGUCGUCAAGGGCAUCAUCGAGGACUGCAAGAGCAGGGGGUACAACGUCGUGACGGGCGGGCAGACGGACAAGGUCAGGCCCAAGGGGUUCUGGCUGCCGCCGACCAUCGUGUCGCGACCGUCCGAGGACUCGCGGCUGGUGCAGGAGGAGCAGUUUGGCCCCGUCCUCCCCAUCCUCUCGUGGUCGGACGAGGACGACGUGAUCCGGCGCGCCAAUCUCGCUAACGCGGGGCUGGGCGCGUCGGUCUAUUCGUCGGACCUGGCGCGGGCGGAGCGCAUCGCGCGCCGGCUCGAGACUGGCAGCGUCUGGAUCAACCAGUUCGAGCGGCCCAACUUUGCCGCCUACUUCGGGGGCAUCAAGGACAGCGGGUUCGGCGGCGAGAUGGGCAAGCAGGGGCUGCUGUCGUACUGCUACACCAAGUGCCUGCAUUACCCCAAGUAA